CUAAGCCACACACCAUUGUCUAAUCAGAUGGCAGGAUGCCACUAUAAAUUGCGUCUAAGUUGUGCCUUUAAGGCCAGACAGUUUCCUGUGGAUUUUGGCUUUGAUCACUGGAAGAAUCAUGAAGAUCGCCGCUUUCAACAUUCAGAAAUUUGGACAGAAAAAAUUAUCAGACCCUGAUGUCAUGAAAACACUUAUUAGGAUAGUGUCCCGCUAUGACAUAGUUGUCAUCCUGGAGGUGGUGGAAAAGAAGGGAAAAGCAAUUGACUGAUUUCUAGAAGAGCUAAAUAAGGCCAACCCAGAGAACCGUUACAGCAAGAAGAUCAGUGUACGUCUGGGGAGGACCACGUACAAGGAGCAGUUUCUGUUCCUUUACAGGGGUGCUGUGGUGAACGUGAUCGGCACUUAUCAGUAUGAGGACAAUCAAUGUGGAGAUGAGGAUGCCUUUGAUAGAGAACCUUAUAUCCUGCGUUUCUCUUGUCCUAAUACAGUGAUGCAGGAUCUGGUUCUGGUGCCUGUCCACACUAAGCCUGAAGACUCGGAGAAAGAGUUGGAUGAGCUGUAUGAUGUAGUCCUGGCUGUGAGAGACAAAUGGAAAACAGAUCAUAUCAUGAUCUUGGGUGACUUCAAUGCGGAUGGCAGUUAUGUGUCUAAAAAAGAGAUGAAGGCAAUCCGUAUCUACAAAGAUGCAGACUUCCACUGGCUGAUUAGAGAUAAAGUGGACACCACUACGAGCACAAAGAAUGACCACACUUACGACAGGAUAGUGGUGUACGGAGAGAAUAUGCUUGAUGCCAUUGUCCCGAACUCUGCCAGAGCGUUUAACUUCCAACAGGAAUAUGGACUGACUGAAGCUGAUGCACUUAAGGUGAGUGAUCACUAUCCAGUGGAGGUGGAACUGAAAUUAAGCAACGGCGACGGUCAAAGCUCUGCCACAUGCAGGAAAUAGAUGACAGCAGGAGAAAGAAAACACUGGCAGAAGACCCGGAAAAAGAAAACCAUUUUUUUCUGAAAAUAAAUGCAUGGCUGAAACGUUUGAAAUUAAAAUGAACAUUUUUAAAAAUCUGAAAUGUGUUUAACUUUUGUAGUUCUUUGUUUAUGCAAUAAACAUUGAGUGAUUCCACACCAAAUACAUACAAAACUUUAUUUAUGCGUUAUUUCUUCUCAUCCUCACAGCAGGGUAUUAAAAAUGCUAGUUGGUGUACAUAUGUGG